UGCAGACUUCAAUGGGUAAUCUCUUUAAUCUUUAUUGGUUGGAUCUGACUAGCAAUAACCUUUCUGGAACCAUUCCUGUCUCUAAUGGGAGCACACCUGGCCUGGAUAAGCUGGUUAAAGUAAAGCACUUUCAUUGUGGAAGCAAUCACCUCUCUGGCGAAAUCCCAUCUCAGCUUUUCAAAUCAAAUAUGUCUCUGAUACAUGUGGUUUUUAAUAACAAUGAACUCAGUGGCAAGAUUCCUUCAACGCUAGGACUACUGCAGACUUUGAAGAUAUUGUACAUGCCUGUCAUACCAUUGGUUCUUGUCAAACAAACGUGAAGGAAUUGGGAUAGGAUGGAGCUCCUACAUUCCAAAUUAUAAUCCAAGCUUCAAAUCUUUUUGCCCUUUUUUUUUUCCACAGGUCAUUUCCUCUUCCAGUAAUAUUUGUUAGGAUUUAUUAGAACCAACCCCAUGUUAUAGUUUUAACUACUCAUUUGUUUUAGUGGCACAGGUGGUGUAACUUACUGUGCCGUUGCGUCUCUCCGGUUGAUGGGAUUCAUUGAAGAUGAUGUAUUGUCUAAAGGCGCAUCCUCUUCCAUCAUAAAUGUGCCAUUGCUUCUAGAUUGGAGCCUACAGAGGCUGGCAGCUAAUGGUUGAUUUCAAGGUCGACCCAACAAGCCUAGUGACACCUGUUAUGCCUUUUGGUAAAU